UUUUGACAACUGCGGCGUAAUAUCUUAGCAAGAUUCGAAUGUAAGUAGUGGAUGAGUGCCUGAGUGGUGAGAAGCGCGUGGACUCUGGGCUGUGAGCUACCCGUAAAAAUAGUCUGAAAUGAUAAUCGCGUUAAAAAAAGUUUAAAUUGUAAACUUGAGAGAAGAUAUAAAAACAUGAACAGUAGCACUGUACCAAAAGUUGCCACUCCUGGUUGGAAUGAUCCACCACAGCUUUCGUAUGACCCAUCAAGGCCUCAACAAACAGCAUCAGGAAGAGCUAAACUGACAAAGAGGGUGGCAUUCCCAAUACAAGGAGCAGAGCAGACAUCAUCACAGAGAGUUCAGACAGUACUUCCUCCUUUGUCAGCUCCACCUGUUAGCUCUGUUACAUUGGACAAAAGUAAAGAAACUGAAGCUUGCAGGCCUGAAGAAUUAAGUAUUUCAAAUGAACAGUGUUCAAAGGUGGUCAGAAACCUCUCUGAAUGCCUGGACCGCAGUGGUUGUGACAUGGAUAUGAAAUAUGACUUCAAGAUGAGAAUUAAAUGUUUUGAGUCUCAGUGGAAAGAAAAUAAAUUUCCAGCAGAUUUAAAAGAAAAAUUGCUAAGGCUCUCUGAAGCACUUGUUGACAAGAAUGACGAAACAGCAGAAGACCUAUUGAAGUACGUGUUGGAGAAUUUUUCUAGCAUAGCAUCUGGAUGGAUCCCAGUAAUAAGCCAUAUUCUGACUGUGAUGGAUUCAACCACAUGAAAAAGAAAAAUGCAAACAGUAUUUGUGUAACUGAAAAAGAGUGUGGAUGUUUAUUGUGUUAUUGCAAUGAGGCAUGUUGAAACAUACAAUUUAACAUUUUUCUUUUAUGAAUUUAUUUAUGCUGGAGCGUAAGCAAAAAAUGUAUUAUAUUGUUUUCCUGAACACCAUUGAUCUUUGUAUGUUGAGUGGAACUGGAUGUUGGGUCAAUUCCAUCAAAUAAACUGUUUCUCACUCUUGUUUCUUUUCUAUUUACUGUAUGGUAACUUUUUAUGUUAAGAAUAAAAACAGUAAAAAAUUAAUGAAUGUCACAUAAGUGAAAUAAUAUGAAUAACGCAGUGUAAGACAAAACAAAAAGUUAAUUUGAAAGCAUUGUCUCACUUUUUAAUCUGAAAUUGAUAUAUUAUUUUAGAAAAAAAAUCAGCAUUUUCCACUCAUCUAUUUUCAGUUGGUAGCACUAACAAACGAAAUAACCGAUCCUAGCACAUGGAAGUAGUUUCCUUAUCAUUUUUAUUGUGGAAAAAGGAAAUAGCUCUUUCUGCAAAAAUCAUGUGUACUGUUGAAUAAAUUGGAACUGCUAUACAUAUGUUAAGGUAACUCAAUGGCAGUGUUCUAAGUUUUACUGAUAACAGCUCUGUCUCAUACACCAGACAAUAUCAAUAUUAGUACUUUAUAUGAAUUUCUUACUAACAUUAAUUAUGACAGAAACAGAGGAGAUGAUCAUUAGUACAGCCCCAAUUUCAUGAACUAUAAAACUGUGAAAUAUGCAAGUAUUCAUGAGCUAAAAUGCAUAUAAAUAUGACCUUAAAAUGAAAUGACAUUAUAAGAGUUUAUAAAUAAACAUUAUUGUUGAUGUUUUUAAAAAUAUACAAUGUAAAACAAAAUUCACUUCUUAACAGAGUACAGUAUCUACUUUUUGCAAUGUUUGAAACUGACUAUCAUUUAUUUUUGAAAUAUUUGUGUGUGUCUGGGAAAAAGAAGAAAACAUGAAAUACAGUGAAAACAGUAACACCUAUCCAAACACAAAAACAUGUUUUUAUUAUUGCACGCCCUUUAUUUUAAAGUAUUCCAGAUUAGUUAACACACCGUGUGAAUAUCCCAUUUCUGCAGAGUUGCACUGGAUCACAAGUUGCAUUUUCAGGUUUUCCAUUUUCAAAGAUUUAAAAUUGUCACUGAGGAUAGUUUUGUACCUGGGAAACCACCUCCCCACAUCAUAGGACAUUACGCGAGCAUAUUUGAAGGUGAAGAGGUCACUGCAGGCCAGAUUUGGUUCAUCGUCUUUCUGGAAAUGCCACAACACUAGAAGACGGUCACUAAUUUUGCACAUUGUAGAAUAUCCAGGAUUCCACUGGAGGUGUGAUUGCUUUUGGUACUUCUGAAAAGUUGGCAUUGAUGCAAUUGAUGUAUGCCAAGUUUUCAGACAUGCUAUCUGUAAAGACCUUUUUCACAAUUUUGAUAGCACUUAAUUCAUUGCUAUCAGGCUGACAAAAGAUUCAUU